CGUUGUAAUUCAGGUGGAACGCAUAAUCAGGAAGUCAGGUGGAACGCACAACCAGGAAGUCAGGUGGAACGCACAAACAGGAAGUGGCUAAUAAGAUCUUCCGGGACAGAGGUGAGAAGCAGAGAAGGUGCUUUUUAAUGUGACUUGCAGCAGGUCAUAUCACACUGAUAAAUGUUCUCAAAGACCAGGCCCAGUCUUACAUACUUCAUGAUGGACAAGAAGAGGAGUCAUAUAAUGGAGAAGAUAUUAAAUCACACGCUAGAGAUUAUCUCUCUACUGACUGGGGAGGAUCACACAGUAGUGAGGAAGACAUCUGGAGAGUUUGUGACACCCAGCAGCCAUCUCUGUGUGUCAGGAGGACUGAGCCGGACCCAGAGCCCCAUCCCGGUGACUCCACCUUACUCACUGGUACAUGAGAGAUACAAUAACCAGAAGAUCCUGGAACUCACCAACAAGAUCAUUCAGCUGCUGACUGGAGAGGAGUGGGAGUAUAUAGAGGAACACAGGGGUCUGUACAAGGACGUGAUGAUGGAGAAUCACCGGCCCCUCACAUCAAUGGAUGGGGCCAGUAACAGGAAUACUCCAGAGAGAUGUCCCCGUCCUCUUUAUUCCCAGGAUCAUACAGAGGAGAAUCACAGUGUCCUACAGGAGGAUCAGUGCGAAGACCGCGUUGAUUUUAAAGUUGAAGUUAUAGAAGAAGAUGAGACGAUCUAUAAGGGAUGCAACAAGCAGUGUAAGGAGGAGGAAACACCUAUAGAUAUCUGCCCAGCAGAUAAAUACAACAGCGGAACCACCACGGAGGGGCAUCUCAUUUUAUCUCCAAAUUGUAAAACAGAAGAUAACAACGUCACAUGGGAUUCUUUAAUAUACAACUCCUCAACCAUGCAUCCGGUACAUCACUUUGCAGAUAUAUCAUCCGACCUCUCCAAUCUUAAGGAACGUUCCUCUGAUACAUCGGAUACAGUUAGACUUAAUACAGCUCUGAAAGUAAAUAAAAUAUUCCCAUGUUCUGAAUGUGGGAAAUGUUUUACGCAGAAGGCAAACCUUCUCACGCACCAGCGGACUCACACUGACGAGAGGCCGUUUCUGUGUGCCGAUUGCGGGAAAUGUUUUACGCAGAAAGCCUACCUCCUUAAGCACCAGCGCAUACACACCGGCGAAAAGCCGUUUUCAUGUUCGGAGUGCGGAAAGGAUUUCUCCCGUAAGGGAGACCUGGUGAAACAUUACAGGAUACACACUGGCGAGAAGCCCUUCCCGUGCUCCCAGUGCGGGAAAUGUUUUACACAGGUGUCGGCUCUCAUUAGACACCGGCGGUUUCACACGGGAGAGAAGCCAUUUCCCUGCGGCGAGUGCGGGAAGUAUUUCAAACACAAGUCGGCUGUGGUGAAACAUCAGAAGAUUCACUUACGGGAGAAAAGCGAGAAGCCCGUACAGUGCUCCGACUGCGGGAAGUGUUUUGCACAAACAGAAGAUGGUGUCGAGCACCCAAACGUGUCAUGCACCGCACAAGACAGUUCCACGAGACAGCCGUGACACAACUAAGCAUAAAGCAGGAGAAGUGGUGCAGCAUUUCAUAUUAUUAGUGAAAGCAUAAAAGUGUACUCGCAUUUAUCUCUCUUCAAGGCUUAAUACCUCAGGAGAUUAUACUUCCGGAUUUCUGCCCACUGGCAACUAAGGAGGAACCAUUACCUACCCUGGAUCUCAAUGGCAGAAUUUGUGUAUUUCUCCCGAAUGUAGGAAUUUAGAAAAUAAGGAUCAUCUUGGGAUGCCAUACAAUGGCGUGCUCUGUCCAAGUGUACUUUUGCAAGAGACAUUGGGGAUGCCAUUGAGUGCACAUACUAGAGGAACGGACGUGAGGUGAUGGAAAUCCUAAAGUCAACACCCUACAAGGGUGAGGGCAACAGUCUACAAGGGUUAGAUCAACACUCUACAAGUGUGGAGGCAGCUCUGUACAAGGGUGAGGUCAACACUCUACAAGGUUGAGGUCAUGUAGAGGUCAACACUCUACAAGGGUGGGGGCAGCACUCUACAAGGUUGAGGGCAACACUCUACAAGGGUGGGGGCAGCACUCUCCAAAAGUGGGGGCAACCUCCUGCAGGGUUCAAACCUCACCGGACGAUCCAUCACCUCACAUCCUUACCAGACAUGGGGGGUGAUGUAUCAAGCAGAGAAGAGUGGAGAAGCAAACCAUCGGAGAAGUUGCCCAUCACAACCAAUCAGCAUUGAGGUAACACCUAUCAAGCACAUUCUAUAAAAUGAUAGGUGGAAGUUCAUUGGUUACACUGGUCCGCUUCUCCGAUGUUUUCACAGCUCCAUACAUAAUCUCCCUCAUUAUCUUCUGGAUGGGACGUCUUCUGCUGGUGCUCAAUUUGGAGGUGAACACCCUUGAAGGACUUAGUCAAUAAAAUUGUUUGAGCCAGGCAUCUCUUCUUAUGUUUCGCUUAGGUUCAUCCCGUUCGUGUAGGGCUACCAUGGGGUUACAAGAGAAUAGGGCCAGUUAUUAACUGUUAAUUUAAUUUAUCUCUUUUUCUCUUAUGUCCUAGAGGAUAAUGGGGUCCAUUUAGUACCAUGGGGUAUAGACGGGUCCACUAGGAGCCACGGGCACUUUAAGAAUUUUAUAGUGUGGGCUGGCUCCUCCCUCUAUGCCCUUCCUACCAGACUCAGUUUAGAAAAUGUGCCUGGAGGAGCCGGUCACGCUGAAGGAAGCUCCUGAAGAGUUUUCUGCAUUUAUUUUCUAUGUUUGUUAUCUUCAGGCAGGGCUGGUUGGCACCAGUCUGCCUGCUUCGUGGGACUUAUGGGGGGAACGGCCCAACCUCUUGAAGGGUUAAUAGUCUCAUUUCCCGCUGACAGGACACUGAGUUCCUGAGGGAACUAUUUGCAAGCCCCACCAUGGCGAGCGUACAUUCCCACAGCACGCCGCCUCCCCUAACAGAGCCAGAAGAAUGAAGAGUGGUGAGUACUGAGCUGGCGUCCCAGUUAGCGGGGCGCCGGCCAUUAUGGCGGCAUAAGGGUAUGGAGACGCACGGCUUCUAAACGGGGCGGAAUGCGUCUCCAGACACAGUACACAACUGCCUCUCAGUACACUGUACACAGUACCCAAACUGGCAAACACAGCCUUAAAACGGUUCUGCUCCAUUUUAAGCACAAAAAUUACCUCAGCCAGUAUAAAAAAAGCGUGAAGACCGCGCGCCAUUGAAGGGGCAGGACUUCACUAUGAGAGGAUCCAGCAGCUCACCAGCGCCAUUUUCCCUUUGCAGUGGUCACAGAUACUGACUGACAGGAACGCGCAGCUCCUCCGGUGUGACUCCAAAUUACCUCAGCGGUACCAAGGGGUCAUAACAGGGGGGAGUGACUAUUAGUGUACUAAGUCUGCGACCCAGCUAAGCUUGGCAUUAGGGGUAAGGGUGCGGUGAGUGCUGGCUCCAAACAACUCUGUGUCUCCCUGAAGGGCUCUUUGUGGGUCACUUGUGCUUAACCUUUUCGUGUGUGUGUGUGCUGUCACAUUUACAUUACGUCAGACAAAGAGUGUGUGUCUUGUACAGCGGAGUGUUCCUAUUCACCAGGGAGCUCACUACUGGGUACUCAGAGUUCACAGAAUAGCAGGGGUGAACCGGAGUGGGUUAAUUCUCUUAAAGGAAUGAUCUCCACUCUUUCUACAAAAUUGUCUCUUAAUGAGAAAGAGACGCAAUACUUAGACUGUGGAUGAGUUUAAGAACAGAGACUCAGUCCCCAAAACGGCAUCUCAAUCCCCUCCCAUUUGUCCGCAAAGGCGAUCUCUGGCCUAUAUCCUGCAGUCUGACUCUGACAGGUCAGACAUGGAAGAGGGGGAGGUGGACUCAAGGGGGUGCAGCUCUGUCACAGGGAAUAGAGGCUCUUAUAGAGGCUAUCGGAGAUGUUCUGCAUAUUCCUGAUAAGGUGUCAGAGGAGUGUGAGGAAUCAUAUUUUAAUGUAAAAAGAAGUCCUCCAUUACUUUUCCUGUGUUAAAGGAAUUGAAUACCCUGUUUGAAGAACCAUGAGUUAAUCCUGAUAAGUUUCAGAUCCUUAAAAGGUUGCUCUCAUCUUUUCCUUUUCCUCUGGAGGAUAGGAAAAAAUGGGAAAAUCCAACGAUAGUGGACGCAUCAGUCUCUAGGCUGUCACGGAAAAUUGUAUUGCCUGUUCCUGGUGCAGCCUCCCUAAAAGACACGGCUGAUCGUAAAGUUGAGACUACACUCAAAUCCUUGUACACAGCUGCUGGGGUGGCCCAGAGGCCCACUAUAGCACUAAAGCCAUUGCUAAUUGGUCAGGUAACCUAAUUGAGGGGUUAGAUUCCUUAUCUAGGGGGGAUGUUGUCUUGCUCCUGCAGCAUAUACAGGACUCUGCAAACUUUAUGGUGGAAGCCAUAAAAGAAAUAGACGUGCUUAACGCAUGCACCACCGCUAUGGCAGUGUCGGCAUGCAGGGGCUUGUGGCUACGCCAGUAGACUGCUGACGCGGACUCCAGGAAGGCCUACCAUUCACAGGAGAGGCCUUGUUUGGAGAUGAAUUAGACAAAUGGAUCUACACAUCUACUGCGGGUAAGUCUACGUAUCUUCCUUCCACAGCCCCCCCAACCAAGAAGACUUAUUUAGCUUCUAAGUUACAGUCCUUUCGGACGGCCAAGUUCAAGGGCAAAUCCAGAGGUGCUUCUACGUCCUCCAGCGGAGCAAGAGGUAAACCAUGCAAACCAGCAACUGCAGGCGCUCAGGAACAGAGCUCAGGCUCUGCUUCCUCAAAGACUUCAGCAUGACGGUGGACCACAAUGCCUGGAGGGCUGUCAGGUGGGAGCCCGACUACAGUUCUUUAGUCAGAUCUGGUCAAAUUCGUGCCAGGAUCCCUGGGUCAUAGAUCUUAUUUCCCAGGGCUACAGACUGGAGUUCCAAAAGCUCCCACCUUACAGAUUCUUCAAAUCAGGCUUACCAGUUUCACAAGAGGCAAGUAUAACUUUACAGCAUGCCAUCCAAAAACUGGUACAGACUCAGGUCAUUGUUCCAGUUUCACCUCAUCUACUAAACAAGGGGUACUAAUCCAACUUGUUCGUAGUACCAAAGCCGGAUGGUUCGGAAAGACCAAUUCUGAACCUCAAGUCUUUGAAUCCGUACUUACGAGUGUCCAAAUUCAAGAUGGAGUCUGAGAGUGGUGAUCUCAGAUCUGGAGGAGGGGGAAUUCCUAGUGUCUCUGGAUAUCAAGGAUGUGUACCUUCAUAUUCCGAUCUGGCCGCCUCAUCAGGCUUAUCUGAGGUUUGCACUGCAGGACUGUCACUACCAGUUCCAGGCCCUGCCAUUUGGUCUUUCCACGGCAUCGAGGGUGUUCACCAAGGUGACGGCAGAGAUGAUGUAUCUACUUUGUAAACAGGGAGUGAACAUAAUUCCAUACCUGGACGAUCUCCUGAUAAAAGCGCCAUCCAGGGAAAGGUUGCUGGACAGCAUUGCUCUCUCAACCAAACUCCUCCAGGAUCACGGGUGAAUUCUGAACCUUCUGAAAUCUCACCUAGAGCCAACACGGAGGCUCCCAUUCCUGGGAAUGAUACUGGACAUGGAGUCACAAAAGGUGUUCCUUCCGUUGGAAAAGGCAUUGGUAAUCCAGUCGAUGGUUCGGGAUGUCCUGAAGCCAACCAGGGUGUCGCUGCAUCUGUGCAUUCGCCUUCUGGGGAAAAUGGUGGCCUCUUAUGAGGCACUUCAAUACAGAAGGUUUCACGCAAGACCCUUCCAGCUCGAUCUGUUGGACAAAUGGUCCGGAUGGCAUCUUCACAUGCACCAGUGGAUCCAUCUGUCGCCAAAGGCCAGGAUCUCCCUUCUAUGGUGGCUACAGUCUUCUCACCUCGUCGCAGGACGGAGGUUUGGAAUUCAGAACUGGAUUCUGUUAACCACAGACGCAAGCCUCAGAGGUUGGAGAGCAGUUACUCGGGGUGCAGUUUCAGAGAAGAUGGUCAAGUCAGGAAGUCAUCCUUCCAAUCAACAUUCUGGAACUCGGGGUCAUAUACAACACCCUUCUGCAUGCCUCACAUCUUCUUCAAGAUCGGGCCAUUCAGGUCCAGUCGGACAAUGUGACUGCAGUAACGUACAUAAACCAACAGGGCAGAACGAAAAGCAGAGCAGCAAUGUCAGAGGUGUCAAGAAUUCUCCUCUGGGCAGAAAGAAACGCUGUGGCAUUGUCAGCGGUCUUCAUUCUGGAGUAAACAACUGGGAAGCAGACUUCCUCAGCAGAUACGACCUGCACCCGGGGGAGUGGGGCCUUCACCCGGAAGAGUUCAGGUGCUUGACAAGUCGAUGGGUUAUCCACAGAUCGACACGAUGGCCUCUCGUCUCAACAAGAAACAUAAGCAGUAUUGUUCCAGGUCGAGAGACCCACAGGCGGUGGCGAUAGACGCCUUGACAACUCCAUGGGUCUAUCAGAUGGUGUACGUGUUUCCUCCACUUCCUCUGAUCCCAAGAAUUCUAAAGAGAAUAAAAAGGGAAAAGGUUCAAGCAAUACUCAUUGCUCCAGACUGGCCAAGAAGGGCUUUCUGGAGAUGCUCCUUGAAGAUCCGUGGCCUCUACUUCUUCGCGAGGAUCUUCUGCAACAGGGCCCGUUCGUCUAUCAGGACUUACCGAGGCUGCGUUUGACGGCAUAGAAGUUGAACGGCUGAUUCUAGCCAGGAGAGGGAUCCCUAACAAGGUUAUCCCGAGUAUGAUCCAAGCCAGGAAGGGGGUAACGUCUAAGCAUUACCAUCGCAUUUGGAAGAAAUAUGUCUCUUGGUGUGAGAGCAGAAAUUAUUCUGCGGUGGAAGUUCAUCUGGGAUGUUUCCUGCUUUUUCUGCAGGCAGGCGUGGAUGUGGGCCGGCGUCUGGGCUCCAUAAAAGUCCAGAUUUCGGCCUUGUCCAUUUUCUUUCAGAAACAAUUGGCUUCUCUCCCUGAGGUCCAGACAUUUUUUAAAGGUGUUCUGCACAUCCAACCUCCCUUUGUGCCUCCCACGGCACCUUGGGAUCUCAAUGUGGUGCUGCAGUGCUGCAGUUCCUCCAAUCGGACUGCUUUGAACCGUUACAGGUGGUGGACGUAAAAUAUCUUACGUGGAAAACCGUCACACUGUUGGCCUUGGCUUCAGCAAGACGUGUGUCGGAGCUGGGGGCUUUGUCUAACAAAAGUCCCUAUUUAAUUUUCCAUGAGGACAGAGCUGAACUCAGAACUCGUCAGCAAUUUCUUCCUAAAGUGGUGUCUGCUUUCACAUCAACCAACCUAUUGUGGUUCUGGUUGUCACCGACACCUCUGCUACUUCAAAGUUUGGAUGUUGUGAGGGCUUUGAAGCUCGUCACAGAAAGACGGACUCGCUGUUUGUUCUUUAUGAUCCCAAUAAGAUUGGGUAUCCUGCUUCAAAGCAGACAAUUGCACGCUGGAUCAGACUUACUAUCCAGCAUGCUUAUUCCACGGCAAGUUUGCAGUGUCCAAAAUCUGUACAGGCCCACUCUACUAGGUCAGUGGGUUCUUCCUGGGCGGCUGCCCGGGGUGUCUCGGCUUUAUAGCUCUACCGAGCAGCUACUUGGUCAGGUUUGAACACGUUUGCUAAGUUCUACAAGUUCGAUACUUUGGCCUCUGAGGACCUUCAGUUUGGUCAAUCAGUUCUGCAGGAACCUCUGCACUCUCCCACCCGGUUUGGGAGCUUUGGUACAUCCCCAUGGUAUUAAAUGGACCCCAGUAUCCUCUAGGACGUAAGAGAAAAUAGGAUUUUAAUUACCUACCGUUAAAUCCUUUUCUUAUAGUCCGUAGAGGAUACUGGGCGCCCGCCCAGCGCUUCGUUCUUCCUGCACUGUUACUUGGUUAAGUAAUGUUGGUUCAGCCGUUGCUGUUCCUGUUUCAAGUUUGGUUAGCUUGGCUUUCCUCUUGUGUGUGCUGGUUCGGGUUCUCACCACUAUCCUUCUCUCAAAGUAUGUCCAUCUCCUCGGGCACAGUUUCCUAGACUGAGUCUGGUAGGGGGGGCAUAAAGGGAGGAGACAGCCCACACUAU